CGCUCAGGCAACCAUGCAGACAGACAGACGAUGGACUCGCGCGCCCGGCCGACAAAGGGUUGGCGUAUGCUUCGGCAAAGAACUGCUCCCAAUCCAGACUGAGCAUCAUACAACUAGAUUGAUUGCGAGGGCGGUUUUGCUGUCUCGAAAGCCCAGACAAAUGGCCAUGAUCCCCUUCCAAUGCCACCUUCUGAAAUGCCGGGGCGGCCUAUUUCAAUAUCUGGGAGGGCGAUACCUCUACUUGCCUCUUUUCUCCCCGUGAUCCAUACCUGCGUCUGACAGCCAUGGCGAUGGCCACGCAGCUCCCGCAGCCCAGACACCGGGGCCAGGUGCAGCAGCCAACCCGACACCCGGAGCUGGCGCUGCCUGACUUCCCCAUGUUUGCUUGCGCCACGGCUUGGCAAACCACGAGUGCAGUCAGCCUAGCGCCUGUGCGGCUCACUCAGCAGAUGCUGCCUUGCAUCGAUCCCAGGAGCACUUCCCUCACGAGCCUGAGGGCAGUCUCGCAGCUGACCCACUGGAUCAUAUACGUCUUCUACAUCCUAUGCACACUGGGCAUCAUCCUGACGGUCGACUGGCAAGACCCAGCCCUGCCCCGGACCUACGACCCCGCCGUCGGGGCCCCGCCCGGCUGCGGAAACCCGCGGACGCGCAGCGCCGUCGUCAUCGGCAUGGCGCAGGGCCUGCACGCCUUUGGGCGGGACUGGGCUGGCCCGUGCCACCGCAACGACGCGCCGCCGCCGGCCGCCCACGCCGUCAACGGGAUCCUGCUAUUCGCCACCGUGUCCGCCGCCAACGCGUCGCUGUAUGUCGCGAGCCGCACCCUCUACGGGCUCACGUAUGGGGAGGACAAGGGGGUGUCGUUUGUCAAGUCUAUCAAGCGCUGGCUCCGCCGCCACACGGGCUCCGUCACGGAAUACACCGGAGCCCCGACCAAAGCUCUUUUCGUCACCGUGGUAGCGUGGUAUUUUCUCAUAGGUCUGGAUUUCGGAAGAGAAAAGGGGAACCAGGGGGUUACCGACUUCAUGUACGUCAUUGCGGUAUCCCAAAGCGUCUCGGUGCUUCUCGUUUGGGCUGCGCUAUGCCUAGCUUAUUUGCGGCUCCAAUCCUGGACGAAGAAGUACCAGACUCUCGCCCAGGACGACCCGGAUAUAAAAGGAUGCGUUAGGUCCUCUGGAGAGUAUAAAGCUAGAACCUUCCUUUCCGGGCUACAGCCAUGGACGGCGUGCUACGCCUUCCUUUCCUGCCUGGCCGUGUUUGUCUUGAUCAGCGCCACCAUGUGGAAAAGGGGCGCCACAGCGACCAAGUUCAUGGCCGCGUACCUGCCACACAUUCUCCUUGUAAUAAUCGUCUUCAGCCGCAAGGUAUUCCUUUCUAGCAGCCAAGGCUGGUUCAGACUCGGGACGAAGGCGGAUCUGCUCAAAAGGCUGCGGCGCCUCACUACACUUUACGAUGAAGCCUCAAAGCAGGGGCAACAACCCGCCCCCGAUGGCGGCGCCUAUGAGAUGGGGCACUUGGAACGGCAACGGCCCUCGGACAUAAACGGUCAGGAGCAGCAGCGUCCUCAGCCCGAAGUGAUCGCGGAGCAGACAAACAGCAGAGCAUACGAGUCCCGGGAGCUCAGGACAUCUCCGGGCCACAGAAUCUAGGAGCCCAUGCGAUCGGAAUGGAGUGGGCGGCCUAAACUGCCAUAUUCGUUCUGUUAAUCCAUCUAUCUCGCGUCUGACUUCAGCGCGAGUAUCGUUUAGAGCUACAUCGUAGAGAUAGAUGAUAGUCAUAAGCCAUAGUAAUGAAAUCCCAAGCACGGGUUGGUGAUAUCGCACAGG